GAAACAGAAGUUGAAAGUAAAAAUUAGGGUUUUGUUUGUUGCCGAUCAAAGAGGAUGAUUUACGAGGUGAAUUCGCCGCUUUUCCGAUCGUUCCUGAGCCAGAAGGGAGGCGCAUCUGAGAAGAGGAAAACAACAGAAGAGCAGAAGCCCAAGGAACAGAGGCCAAAAGCAAGUGACAACAAGCCUGUUAUGAAUGAAUGAGAAUAUCUGGAAGCAACUCUUUUACAACAUGUACUGCAUUUCACAUUUAAAUACAUCAUAAGAUAUUUUAUACUUUACUUCUAUUGGUUUUAAUUUCCGAUCCAAUGCACUUACAUUUUGGGACUAA